AUGAAUUCUCAGUCAUGCUCUUAUUUGGCUCUUUUUGGGUUUGGGCAAUCAGCUGAUAUCACUAUAAAGUUGGAUGACGAAGAAACGCGAAAAACUGCAAAGAUACGAGGCGAAGAUGGCCAGCAAGAAACUCAUUACUUGUUCUACGAUGGCGAAACCAUCUCCGGUACUGUGAAUGUCGCUCUAAAGAAGGCUAAUCAAAAACUUGAGCAUCAGGGCAUAAGGAUUGAGUUCAUUGGACAAAUAGAAGUCUAUUACGAUCGCGGCAAUCAACAAGACUUUAUUUCGUUGACGAAAGAUUUGGCACGACCUGGCGAACUCACGCAGAAUUCCUCGUUCCAUUUUGAGUUCCAUAAUGUCGAAAAGCCAUACGAAUCUUAUAUGGGUAUUAACGUCAAACUGAGAUACUUCCUUAGAGUGACUAUCGUUCGCCGAAUAACAGAUAUCACCAGAGAGAUGGAUUUAAUUGUGCAUACACUUAGCAGUUACCCAGACGCUGACGUGAAUUUGAAGAUGGAUGUUGGGAUAGAAGACUGCCUACACAUCGAGUUUGAGUAUAAUAAAAGCAGGUAUGCUGUGGUUAUCUUAUCUAAUUUUUUUACUUUUGAGAACGGUUGUACUUCGUUGUUGGGGGGAAGGGAUAUGUUAACUUCAACGAUUACUAUCAACAAUUUACACUAA